CCAUAUCGUAUCAAUACCAACCAAUGUUACAUUUUUUAAUGUUAGGGUAAAUUAAAAUUUAACCAUACUCCAAUUCAAAACUUCACAUAAUUUAUUAAUUUAUCAAUUUCAUAUUACAUAAUUAAUAAAUUUGAAAUAAACUCUAGUAGCACAAUACAUACAUCAGGAGUGGUAGCAUUUAACUUAAAAUAUUAAGCACUACAUGCAACUGCAAGCUCAAUAUUUAGAUUAUAAAAUUGAUAUUUACGGAGUAGGCGACUCACUGUAUUAAGUAAUCUGUAAAGCAAAAUUUAUUAUUAAACUGGAGUAAUAAUUAAUAAAGCAAAAAAGUACUUCCUUCGGACUGUCCAUGGCAAAAAGGUUGUUGUUGUCGUUCUCUCCUACAGCUGCCACACAGUAGGAGACUGUGUGGGGGUUUGACAGGCUCCUACCCACACGGUUCAAAAAGAAAAUUGAGUUGGAGCUUAAACUUAAUCAAUUUGUAACUUCAUUAUCCCUGUUUUCCCAUUGAUGUGCACAUUGCCCCUCAUUUUUCCUUUGUCGAUUGAGCCUUGAGUUCAUUUUAGCCAUUUUCAUGUUUAAUUGUUCACCAUAUAUAGGAUGUGCGAGGAAUGCCUCUAUUCAUUUUCCAGAUUUGCUCCGAUUCACCUUGGUUUGGUUUGUCAUGGACAUCCCUGAAAUUGACAGAGAUAAAAAUCUACCUUGCAUGCACAGACACCUCUUCGAACACACUAGUCCAGAAGUUCACCACAAAUAUGAAACUGGCCCCUGGACUAUCCGAGUUGAGGACUACACUUUCAGAAAUGACUUUGCUACCUUCUUUAUCGAAAAUAUUGUCCCGCUUGACACCUACAUUCUGCUAAGACACAUCGGGAAUUUCACAUUCAAGGCAUUAAUGUUUGACAAAGACGAGAUCUCUCUCAACUUUUGGGCAUCACCUAGUGGCUCCUGUAACACUUCGUCUAGCCAAGCAUGCUUGUAAAAACGCUCUUGAGAGCAUGCUUUGACAAAAGAGGUCGGGUGCAAAUCUGUUAUGCCACGGAAGAAGAGCAUUUUUUAGGUGAAGAAAUGGAUGCCUUGCAGGAGAUUCAACAGGCUUUUGACAUCAACCAGCAUUGCAGCCUAGCGUUUUUCGAAUAUGGUCACAGUAGGGUCAUGGCCGGGAUCACAAACCGGCCAACAAGUAACGACUGGGAGGUUGGUAUCAAGAUGGUCUCAAUAUGCAAGAUUUGAACAUUAAAUUUUGAAUUUUCUAUCAUUUUACGAUAAAUAAAGUUGAACAAAGAGAUUCUACAUUAAUAUUGAUACACAAG